AUGUCUUCGGAACAGGGACACCGACUCUACGUUAAGGGUCGCCACCUGAGCUACCAGCGCUCCAAGCACGCACUCACCCCCAACACGAGUCUGGUCAAGAUCGAGGGUGUCGAUGACACGAAGGCCGCCAACUUCUACCUGGGCAAGAAGGUCGCUUUCGUCUACCGGGCCAAGCGUGAGGUCCGCGGCUCCAACAUCCGGGUGAUCUGGGGCAAGGUCACCCGCCCGCACGGCAACUCCGGCGUUGUGCGCGCCAAGUUCCGCCACAACCUCCCCCCAAGUCCUUCGGCGCUACCGUCCGCGUCAUGCUCUACCCCUCCAACAUCUAAACGGCUUGUGUAUCUAGUGGGCGAUUCCAUAUUUGCGCAGACAGUCGGUCAGGCAAGGAAAAGAAAAGUCGACGGAUCGGAGCCGGAUGUUGAAUUGAGGUGGAGUUUGGCAGGUUGA